GCCAAGUUAUAUAUUACCAAAAUUUUGUGUUGUUUAGCAUCGAUACAAGGUGCUCUCCGUAUUAUUCUAAAUAUUAUCAUUCCUAGAGCAUAAAAAAACAAUUUCAUACAAAAAUCUAAUCAUACUGUGUAAAGUCUACAAUAUAUACAUAAAAUUAAUUAGUAUUAUAUUAAAAAUUUCCUUUUAUUUUAUUUAAAUAAAUAUUCCUAGAAUGCCUGAAAUGGAAGUAGAUAAUACCACCGAACAUGUGAAUUCAGAUCACCAGCAGGAACAACAAAAGCCGACAACAACAGCAACAAAUGAUGCGGUCUAUGAUCCGGCCUUUCUACCUGAUAUGUUACCUGUGUAUUACAAACGAUUAUUUCCUCACAAACCAUUCUACAGAUGGCUUUCCUACGGUUUAUCCGAAGAGGGUAUAUUUGCUAAUCGGGAAAUUUCGUUUACUUUACACGACGAUAUUUACAUACGUUAUUUAUGUUUUGACACUCAAAGUGAUUUGGAAAAGGAAUUAUGUUCCAGAUGCCCAUUUAAAAUUGAUAUUGGAGCCGUUAUGAAUACAAGACCUAAAAACAAUCGCAUUUCAGCUGCCGCCAUGACACCAGUACAACGUGAAUUGGUUUUUGAUAUUGAUAUGACCGAUUAUGAUGAUGUACGUACUUGUUGUAGUGGAGCGGAUGUUUGCCAAAAAUGCUGGAAAUUUAUGGUUGUUGCAGCCCGUGUUCUAGAUGUUGCAGCACGUGAAGAUUUUGGAUGGGAACACAUACUAUGGGUGUUUUCCGGUCGUCGUGGUGUCCAUUGUUGGGUAUGUGAUUAUGAUGCUCGUCAUUUGGAUACAGCAGGGCGAUCAGCGGUGGCUGAAUACUUUCAAGUCGUUACACAUGUCAUGGUUGAGGGAGUUAAUGUUCCCAGAGUUCAUAUAGGAGAGAAAAUGCAUCAUAGCAUUAAAAGAGCAUUUAAGAUAAUAGAACCCAUGUUUGAGGAGAUAAUUUUGAGUGAUCAGAAUCUGUUUUGUUCGCCAAAAGGCAUUAGCAAGCUAUGUCAGUUUAUUGCUGAUGAUGGGGCUCGGAAAGAUGCCGAACAGUUUCUGCUUAAUAAUCUACAAGAUGGUGCUCCGGCUCGUGAUGUCUGGGAAGCUUUCAAGCGUUAUGCCAACUCUAUGCGUUGCAAUUCGACUGCCUCCGCAUGGUCUCGUAGAUUAAAAAAUAUAAUAGAAGAAAUUCAAUUGGCCUGCUUGUAUCCUCGUUUAGAUAUUAACGUCACUAAGGGAUUUAAUCAUUUACUGAAAGCCCCCUUUUGCAUACAUCCAGCUACGGGAAAAGUUUGUGUACCAUUUAAUGCAAAUGCUGCAGGUAAAUUUAAUCCUACUACUGUGCCUAACAUUGCACAAUUGCUGCAGGAAAUUAAUGCAUUCGAUGAAAAGACUAAAAAUAAGGAAGAAACAGAUGAAAAACUUCGUAUAAAGGAUUAUAAGAAAACAAGUAUGUUCAAGGGUGUGGUGGUAUUUGAAGAGUUUCUGCGUAAAGUUGAAAGUAGUUUAAAGGCAAAAGCUGUGCAAAUGAAUGAAGAAAAAAUGGAUUUUUAAUGAACUAACACUAUGCACAAAAAUGUGUAAAUAAAAGUCAUAUUUUUGGUUUUUUACAGAAAACAAGUUUUUCUAUUGCAU